AUGAAAUUUAAGUUCAAGGAGACCCAUACUUUUGAACAAAGACAACAAGACUCUACGAAAAUAAAGAACAAAUAUGUUGGUCGUGUACCAGUUGUUGUUGAGCGUCAUCUCAACUCCCAAAUAGCAGACAUUGACAAACAUAAAUUUCUUGUUCCAGACGAUGUGACAGUUGCUCAGUUUAUGUGGAUCAUUCGCAAACGCAUUGACAUUUCACCAGAGAAAGCUCUUUUCCUGUUUGUUGGGAAAACGAUGCCCCAGGCUAGUGCUACAAUAGGACAACUGUACUCUGAUUUCAGUGAUCCUGAUGGCUUUCUGUAUGUUAGUUACAGUGGUGAGAAUUCUUUUGGGUCCGAUCUGAAAUUGGACGUUUUCUGA